AGCAUGAUUAAUCCAAUAUUUUCUGUAGAUCCCUUUGGGAGAUCCAAGGCUGCCCAGUGGACGAGACAGCUGCCUCCCUAUGUUCCGUUCUGCUCCCACCUGUGGUUCUGGAAACAGCGCCUUCAUGUUCGGUGGUGUUCCCAAUGUGAGGCAGCAGAUCAACUCCCUGACAGCCUUCCUGGAUGUGGGUCAGCUGUACGGCUCUGAUGAAGGGUUUGCACGGGAACUUCUGGAUCUUUCCAACGACAACGGCUUCUUGCUGGUCAACGACCGCUUCCAGGACAACGGCCGAGACCUGCUGCCCUUCACUAAAGUGGCCAGCAACAUGUGCUCCACACGCAAUCACAUCCUCAACACCACGGGCCUGCCGGAAGUUCCAUGCUUUACUGCAGGUGAUGUUCGUGUGGACGAGAACAUUGCCCUCACCUCGCUGCACACAGUGUUUCUGAGGGAACACAAUCGCCUGGCCCGAGCCCUGCGCCUCCUCAACCCCCACUGGAGCAGUGAAACCCUUUACCAGGAAGCUCGCAAAAUCAUGGGGGCCUACCACCAGAUUAUAGUUAUUAGGGACUACCUGCAGCACAUCGUGGGUCCCGAAGCCAUGAAGAGGAAGCUCGGCCCGUAUCCAGGGUACGACUCCAGCAUUGACCCCAGCAUUGCUAAUGUUUUCGCCACCGCUGCUUACCGAUUCGCCCACGUCACCAUCCAGCCCCUCGUCUUCCGCAUGGAUGAAAACUUCCAGGACCACCCACAGUUUCCCAGUGUUCCUCUGUACGAGGCUUUCUUCACACCAUGGAGGGUCGUGUUUGAAGGUGGAAUCGACCCUCUGAUCCGUGGUCUGAUUAGCCGCCCAGCUAAGCUGAACCAGCAGAACCACAUGCUGGUGGAUGCUCUGAGAGAGAGACUAUUUGCCUUCACCAGCCAAAUCGCCAUGGACCUGGGAUCCCUCAACAUGCAGAGGAGCCGCGACCAUGCCCUGCCAGGUUAUAAUGCAUGGCGAAGGUUCUGCAACCUCACUGCUCCCCAGAACAAAGCUGAGUUGGCCGCAGUGUUAAAAAAUACCAAUCUAGCACAACGUCUAAUCAACCUUUAUGGACACCCUGCCAACAUUGACGCCUGGCUGGGGGGCGUGGCCGAACCUUUUGUCCCUGGAGGCCGAGUUGGACCUCUCUUCUCCUGCCUCAUUGCGACCCAGUUCCAGAAGAUCCGGCAAGGAGACAGGCUGUGGUGGGAGAAACCUGGAGUUUUCACCAGGACUCAGAGAGCCUCGUUAGCCUCCGUAUCUCUGACUCGCAUCAUCUGCGACAACACCGGCGUCAAAAGAGUUCCUGCCAAUCCGUUCCGCUUUUCGUCCAGCAAAAACUUCGUAGACUGCAACGACAUCCCGCAGAUAGACCUCACUCCCUGGAUCGAUGCUGAUCCAGAAUCGGAGCCUUUACCAGGACCAGCAGGACCUCGAGGACCUGCAGGAGAACAGGGUCCCCCAGGCCCACCAGGGAUAAGAGGCCCCGCUGGACCCGCCGGACCCCCCGGCCCCACUGCUAACACCACCACCACACCACGCUCCGCCUUCUCCAUGCGCCUUGGCACCACGCCAUCCUCCGCCCCCAGCAGGGUCAUCGUUUUCCAAGAGGUGAUCUAUAACGAGCUUAACGAGUACAGCCCCCAGAACGGCGAGUUCACCUGCAGAGUGCCCGGCGUCUACCAGUUCACCUUCUCUCUUACUGCUACCCGCAGCGUGGGCACCGUGACCCUGCAGCGCAGUGGCACCGCCGUCCUGACCACCCUGGCAUCUGUCCAGAACCCAGGCAGACUGGCGUACGGCGGGCAGACGGUGGUACGGCUGAACCGGGGAGACCGGGUCCAGCUGGAGGCCACUCUGGGCAGCAGAGGACUUACCUCUGAGAGCUACUUUAAUGGACAUCUGCUCUUCCCUUACUGAAGGGUCUCCAGUUUAAAUAAAGUUUUAAACAAACCAGAAUAUGUUUUAUAUUUCAGAUUGUUCACCUCUUAGUAGCACCUCUUGUUUAGAUAAUCAGUUUUGCACAUCUCUGCUGGAUUUUCUCAGUCAGCUUUAUGAGGUAGAGUCACCUGGAAUUCAGGCUUUCAGUUAACAGCUGUGCUGAACUCAUCAAGAGUUAAUUACUUGAAUUUCUUUGCUCUUAAUAAAGUGUUUGAGAGCAUCAGUUGUAAAGUUGUAAAGAGGUAGAGUUACAGGUAUGAGUAAUGUUCUAAUCCAGAUUAUGAGAAGCAAGGACUACUCAGAUAAGUAAAGAAAAAAAAUGACUAAAACAGUCAAUCUGAAAAAGAAGAAUUUCAAGAACUUCAAAGACCGUCAAAAACAUUAUAAUGGUGAAACUGGCUCUCAUUAGGACCACCCCAGAAGAGGAAAAGCAUAGUCUGGAUAAGUAUCAGUAUCAGUAUUCAUUUACAUGAAAUAAAAAUGUCAAAUGAGAAGGCGCUGUAUAUAUUUGAAACACAUCCCACAUAUAAAACAUAUAUACCCACGUAUUUAUUUUUUUGUUGUUUCUGGGACUGUUAAUCAGCAGUUACCACUGAUACCCCUGUACUGUUUGCUGCUUCUCCUACAAUAGAAGCAGUUUCUUUUGUGUUUGAUUUGUUGAAUAAAGUUAUCUAAAAGCAGUGUGUAAGACUGGUGGAGGAGAACAUGAUGCCAAGAUACAUGAAAACUGUGAUUAAAA